CUGUUUUGAUGUGGAAUCCGAGCCCUGAAGCUGGGGCUGAGCUCGGGGAAGAUGGAUCGAUACCUGCUCCUGGUCGUCUGGGGGGAAGGAAAAGCCCCGUCGGCGGCGAGGGGGGAGGCCGAGCACCGGCCCGGGUCGUCGUCCGCCCAGGGUGCCGAGCGGCAGCCCGGCUUCACAGCAGCAAGUGUUUAUCGCCUUCUGAAAAGAAGCAUUAGUGCUUCAAUUAAUCCAGAAGACAGUACUUUCCCUGCCUGCUCGGUGGGUGGUAUACCUGGUUCUAAGAAGUGGUUCUUUGCAGUGCAGGCCAUAUGUGGAUUUUAUCAGUUUUGUAGUUCUGACUGGGAAGAGAUACAUUUUGGUAUGGAAAAAGAUGAAAUUGAAGAUGUUCUGCAAACAAAUAUCAAAGAAUGUCUGAGUGCUGUUGAGUGUUUUGAGGAAGAAGAUAGUAAUAGCAGGGACUCAUCAUUGGCUGAUCUCUAUGAAGAAUCUGCAGAAAAUUUACAUCAAUUAUCAGAUAAACUUCCUGCUCCUGGUAGAGCAAUGAUAGAUAUAAUACUGUUGCCCCCUGACAAAGAUCCUCCUAAAUUUGAAGUCUGUUUGCCUACUGUUGGAGCAUUAAAACAUUUAAAGGAAUGGUACUCAGCAAAAAUUACUAUAGCGGGAAAUCAUUGUGAAAUUAACUAUCAGAAAAUUGCAGAGUACCUUUCUGCUAAUGUAGUAUCUUUAGAGUAUCUCGGAAAUGCUGUUGACUCAAGGGAAUUAUGGAGGGGAAAGAUUCAGAUAUGGGAAAGAAAGUUUGGAUGUGCAAUCAGUUUUCCUGAAUUCUGUUUAAAGGGAGUCACACCUAAGAGUUUUAGUAUGUCUAACUUAAAUACUUGCUUUGUUGACAAAAAGAUAAUGCCAUCAAAGGAAAAGACUUGUUUGCCAAAGGUUUUCCAUUAUUACGGCCCUGCUUUAGAAUUUGUGCAGAUGAUAAAAUUAGCAGAUCUGCCCUCCUGCUACAUGUCGGACAUUGAAUUUGAGGUAGGACUGACGAAAAACGAUGCCAGGAAGAAUUCCUUGUUAUUGUUGGAGCAGAUUUCUUCUCUGUCUGCCAAGGUUGGUGCACUUUUUGUAUUGCCAUGUACUAUUAGUAACAUACUUAGUCCACCUCCUAGCCAGCUUAGUUCAAGAAAAUGGAAGGAAUACAUAGCUAAAAAGCCUAAGACAAUCAGUGUUCCAGAUGUUGAAGUGAAAGGAGAGUAUUCUAGCUAUUAUCUCUUGUUACAAGGUAAUGGCAGUAGAAAAUGCAAAGCCACACUGAUUCACUCAGCCAACCAGAUCAAUGGCUCAUUUGCCCUUAGUUUCAUUCAUGGAAAGAUGAAGGCAAGGUCAGAAGAAACCAAAUUGAGCUUUCCUUUUGACUUCCUGUCACUUCCACAUUUUUCUGGGGAGGAACUUAUACAGAGAGAGAAGCAGUUAGCUAAUGUUCAAGCUCUGGCUUUGCAAGAAUAUCUGAGAAGGAGAAAGUUGGCUGAGCAACCUGAAGUGGUUUCUGUUGAUGAACUCAAAAGUCUGUUAGCACUCUCAAGGGAGCGCUUUUUAAGUCAUUUUGAUGCUGUUAUUCCUAAAGCAACUCUAAGAAAAACAGACAAAGUCAAUACCUCCAAUAUGUUAAUUGACACAAGUCCACUGGAACCUACUUGUUCAAGUCUGGUGGAAACCAAUCCUCUGGAAUGGCCAGAAAGGCACGCUCUUCAGAAUUUGGAAACAUUUGAAAAAGCUAAACAAAAAAUGAGAGCUGGUCCAUUACCUCGUUCAUCUGAACAGCUGCUGGGCCACAAAGAGGGUGCCCGGGAUUCAAUCACGUUAUUGGAUGCUAAGGAAUUGCUGAAAUUCUUUACCUCCGAUGGAUUACCUGUUGGAGAUCUUCAGCCUUUACAGAUUCAAAAGGGGGAAAAGACUUUUGUUCUGACACCAGAACUUAGUCCUCGGAAACUUCGAGUUUUACCUUUUGAAAAAGCCUCAGUAUGUCAUUAUCAUGGAAUAGAAUACUGCUUAGACAACCGAAAAUCUUUAGAAAGAGAUGGGGGAUUUUCUGAACUUCAGUCUCGUCUUAUUCGUUAUGAAACUCAAACUACCUGCACCAGAGAGAGUUUUCCAGUGCCCGCUGUGCUGAGCCCUCUCCCAUCGCCUGUGGUCGUGUCCGAGCCUGGAAGUGUCCCAGACGGAGAAGCUUUACAGAGUGAACUCUGGGCUGAAGGAUCCCGAUUGCAAAGGAGAUCAAAAGAUCUGAACUGCCUUCACCCCAAAAGAAGACUUGUGAAAUCUGAAAGUUCAGAUUCUCUUCUUUCUCAGAUGAGUGGCAGUACAAAUCAUCACCACCGUGCAGUGACAUCUAAAAGGCCACGGGCAGAGAGAUCGUUAUCUGUGACUUCUCCGUCUGUUCUAGUUCAGAGCUCUAAAACUCCGAAAGUCACUACAAAGGCCAGUUCGGGUCAAAAAAGUGUGCAGGAACCAAAAGCACUAAGGCAGAUUAAGGAGUCAAGAUCACAGAAACAUACACGGAUGUUGAAAGAAGUGGUCACUGAAACGCUGAAGCGACACCGGAUCGCCGAGGAGCACGAGUGCUUCCCCGCCUGCAGCCAGCGCCUCUUCGAGAUCGCCAAGUUCUACCUGAAGGAUCUUAAGACUUCAAGGGGUCUGUUUCAAGAAAUGAAGAAAACUGCAAACAACAAUGCUGUACAGGUGAUUGAAUGGGUAUUGGAAAAGACAAGCAAGAAAUAACACAGAAUCAUUCUCUUUGGACAACUGUUAAUUGGGCAGAGCUACUACCUACUACUUCCUUUCUUACUUUGAACAUUAUGAACAAAUUUCAAACUUUAUUCAAAGAAUAGAUGUUACAUCUCUAAAGAAUUUCAUUGAUAUCCCCUAUUUAUGUAGUUUUGAGGAUGCUCAGUUAAUGUAUUUUAACUAUAUACAUAUUUUAUAUUUUCAUUAUAUUUUAAUUUUUAAAGUGAAUAUUUUUAUAUAUGUUUUGAAAAUUUUACUCUGGGUUAUUUAAUUAUUCCAAUAAAUAGAA